AUUUUUCUGUCAUUUCAAGGGAAACAUCUGCGAGUACGAUUCUUUCGCUGCCUAAUUAUUAAAUUAACACAAAAUGUUGGACCUAUUCAGCAUCUUUAGCAAAGGAGGCAUAGUGUUAUGGUGUUUCCAAAGUACUGGUGAAAUUUUUUCGCCGUCCGUGAACGCGUUAAUCCGUGGAGUGAUAUUACAAGAGCGUUCAGGAAACAACAGUUUCAACCAUAACGCGCUAACACUACAAUACAAGCUGGACAAUGAGUUCGAGCUGGUGUUCGUGGUGGCGUACCAGCGGAUCCUGCAGCUGUCGUACGUGGACAAGCUGCUCAACGAUGUGCAUCUCGAGUUCAGGGAUAAGUACAAGAACGAGCUCCGCGGCGGGCAGACGAUGAUAGACUUCGACUUCAAGGCGUGCUUCGACAAGAUCCUGAGGCAAUCUGAACAUUGGGCUAAGACACAGGCUAAGAUUCCAAAACAAAUGAGAACUUUUGAGGACUCAGUGAAGUCCAAGAAGACUGUCGCCUCCAUGAUAGAGAGGAAGGGAGACGAGAAGACUAAGAAGACAGUGAAGAUAGUGGAGAGCAAGCCCGUCCCCAACGGGCGCGAGGAGUCCCCCGAGGAGGACGACGUGGUGGCCGCGUCGCGCGCGCGCCUCGCGCAGAAACUCGCGCAGUCCAAGAAGAAGGAUGCCAAGAAGUCACCAAAGAGUCCCAAGCUAGCUGACAGCAAGGAGGCGAAGGUGAAGAAGCCACGCGUGUGGGAGCUCGGCGGCAACAACCGCGACCUGCCCGCAUUAGACUUCUCUACUGACAAGCCCGAGGACGCCGGGAAUUACACUAACUAUGAUACUACGAUGGUAGGUCAGAUGGCGGGCAAGAUCCGCGACCUGGAGGUGGAGUCGUCGGACGAGAGCAGCGACGAGGAGCUGCCGGCCAGCCCCAAGAAGAGCGGCGGCAUGUUCAAUAUAUUCAAGGGUCUAGUGGGUUCUUCAGCUCUCACAGAGCAGGCGAUGCGUCCGGCACUGGACAAGAUGCGCGACCACCUGAUAGCCAAGAACGUGGCCGCCGACAUCGCCAACAAGCUGUGCGACUCCGUCGCGAGCAAGCUGGAGGGGAAGGUGCUAGGCACAUUCGACAGCGUGGCCAAGACGAUAAAGUCGACCCUCACGGAGUCGCUGGUGCGGAUCCUAUCCCCGAAGCGCCGCGUGGACAUCCUGCGCGACUGUCUCCAGGCUCGGCAGGAGGGCCGGCCCUAUGUUAUGUGCUUUUGUGGGGUGAACGGCGUGGGCAAGUCCACCAACCUGGCCAAGAUCUGCUUCUGGCUGAUCGAGAACGGCCUAUCCGUUCUAAUCGCGGCGUGCGACACGUUCCGCGCCGGCGCGGUCGAACAGUUGCGGACGCAUACAAGACAUCUGAAUGCGUUGCACCCGAGUACAACUGGCCCGGCCAUGGCUACGCUGUAUGAGAAGGGAUACGGCAAAGACGCAGCGGGCAUAGCGAUGGAAGCCAUCCGCUACGCCGCCGACACCAAAACAGACGUCGUUCUCAUCGACACGGCCGGCCGCAUGCAAGACAACGAGCCCCUCAUGCGAGCUCUAGCCAAGCUGAUCAAGGUCAACGACCCAGAUUUAGUCCUAUUCGUCGGAGAAGCCUUAGUAGGCAACGAAGCCGUCGACCAACUGGUCAAAUUCAAUCAAGCACUAGCCGACUACAGUUCCACGGCCAACCCGCAUACGAUCGACGGUAUUGUGCUCACAAAGUUCGAUACGAUUGAUGAUAAGGUGGGCGCGGCUAUAUCUAUGACGUAUAUCACUGGGCAGCCCAUAGUGUUUGUGGGCACGGGGCAGACGUACACGGAUUUGAAAGCGCUUAAUGCAAAUGCGGUUGUCCAUGCGCUUAUGAAGUGAUGGCACGCGACGGGUUCUGAUGGUCAAAGUCGUAACUUCUGUGGGAUAAUA